AUGAGCUGCCAAGCAUUUGCUUCCUCAGACACCUUUGUGCCCUUGAGCUCUGACUCCUCUCCCUCUCUGCCUCUGAUAAUGCAUCACAGCGCAGCAGAGUGCCUGCAGGUCUCCAACCAUGCCACCAAUGUUGUGUCUACAGUCCCAUCUGUUUUCUCUUUGCUUCCAACCCGUGUGUGCUCGUGCAUUGGCUUUGCCACAACAACCCUGGGACACCUGGCAGGGCUGCACUACUCUGUGCCCUCCUGUCACUAUGGGAAUCAACCUUCCACCUACGGGGUGAUGGCAGGCAUCAAGCCUGCAACUCCAGAGAUGCUCUCAGCCAGUCUCUCCCAGACUCGCAUCCUACAGACAUGCAGCAUGCCACACCCCAACGUGGUAAAUGGUGUCAGCACCUUGCAAAGCGGCCUGGCCCCGUGCCUGUACAAAUUCCCGGAGCUGGGCGCCAGCUCCUGCGCCCUUGGCCACGGGUUCAGCGCCGUGCCCCAGCCCCUGCUCGCCGACGAUCCCGCCGCAGAGUUCAAGCAGGAGCUCCGCAGGAAGGGCAAACCCGCCGAGGAGCCCCUGGACAUGGACUGCCCCGAGAUCAGGGAGCUGGAGAAAUUCGCCAACGAGUUCAAGCUGCGCAGGAUCAAGCUGGGUUACACACAAACCAACGUUGGAGAAGCUCUGGCUGCCGUGCACGGCUCUGAGUUCAGCCAGACGACGAUUUGCCGCUUUGAGAACUUGCAGCUGAGCUUCAAGAACGCCUGCAAGCUGAAAUCCAUCCUGUCCAAGUGGCUGGAGGAAGCAGAACAAGUGGGAGCUUUGUACAAUGAAAAAGUUGGAGUGAAUGAACGGAAGAGGAAGCGCAGAACCACCAUAAGCAUUGCUGCCAAAGAAGCCCUGGAAAGGCACUUUGGAGAACAAAGUAAGCCAUCUUCUCAGGAAAUCAUGAGGAUGGCUGAGGGGCUCAAUCUUGAGAAAGAAGUCGUGAGAGUCUGGUUUUGCAACAGGAGACAAAGGGAAAAAAGAGUGAAGACCAGUUUACACCAGAAUGCCUUCAGUUCUAUUAUCAAGGAGCACCAUGAAUGCCGGUGAAGCUUUUCCACAUUCAGAUGUGGAUUUCUGUUUUGCUUUUUGUAAGUAUUGUAAAUUCUCUGUUGUUAAAAAAAAAAUAAAAUCAGUAAACCACUCAUUCCUCCUACAAGCACCAGCUUCACAUGUAGUGUUUGUGCAAGACCCAGUUUGAAUGUAAAAGUUUGGAAACUAAAUCCUGCAGUAUCUGUUUGAAGAGUUGGAGGUCUCUGCAAGGAGCCCAUCACACAUUGUUCAACUAGGGAGGCUUCUCAAAAAGCUUCCCUGUGCUGUGCCUUAUUUGCCUUUGUGGUAGGAGUUAAUGACUAAAUGUAUAUGUAUUCUACAUUCUGAAAGGUUGCAAGGCUUGGUGUCAGCAGCUGUAGCAUGGGAAGGAUUUAGCUGUCAUUAAUUAAGGCAAUUAAUUAAGAGGUAUCACACUCCUCCUACUGGAUGCUCUGUCUCAGCCCAACAUUGGACUGCCUUGAACUGCUGUCAAGUAGAAGUGGCUUGAUAAUGCUUGUUAUCAAAGGUAAUUCUUGCUAAUUUGUUAUGUGCCUCAAAGUUUGGUUUGGGUAGGCUUAGCUAUAAAAACAGGAAUACAGUUUAUCUGACCUUAAGACUUUGUAGCCUGAGGGGAAGAAAAAUAAUUAUCAAGGGUUUUAUUACAUUGGUCUUUCUCUGCAUUGUACUUCUGAUUAAAACCAUGUGUGGACAUACACCAGAGGUGGUGUGUUAAGCUAGGAAGAAUACAAAAGAAUUUAUUGCACUGCACAUUCCUCCUCUAUUACAUCCCACUAAUUGAAAAUAAUCCCUUAUUUGUCAUCCUCUGGCCUAGAGAUAAUCGAGGGGAAAAAAUUCCAGUGCCAGAGCUCCACCUAUGAGGCAGGCACUGAGAAAACUGAGUUAAUGACUGUAGUACUCACCAGGGAUAGAUUAUCCAGCCAAUCUCAUCAGCCCUGCUCAUUGUUAUGGGAAUUAGCCUAUUACCAUGUAAGUAUUUUGACUGUUUUCCCAGGACAGAAAUUAAGUGAGUACAUGCAAAUAGUACUGGCCAGCUACAUUUUAUUUUUCCAUAAAACAAACCUGAUGAUUUAGAAAAUGUCUAUAUAAUAGGCCUACAGAUAGCCAAAGGAGUUUAAUGUUCAAGACCACUUAGGAGCAGCAUGCACAAGUUAAGUGCUCACUCUCUAGUGUACAUUAAAUUAUCUCUGAUACUUAUUACAGUGACUAUAAGCAUAUUCAGAAAUGGAAAUCAGGCUCCUGGAUUUCUAAAAAAAUACAUUUUUAUGGACGAAUGCACCACUCUAAGCCCUUAACUGAGAAGAAAACUUCAAUUUAAUAACUCAGAGUUAAAUUGUGUACUCCCUUCAGGCUGCUCUCAUAAGUAGCAUAGCUUAUCCACCACAGCAAGGACCAAGAUUCAUGCUUUUAUCCACCACAGGUUAUCAGCAGGUCAUGAACUUCACAAAAAAUGUUCAGCUGAGAGGAUCAGCACUCAGCAAAGGUGCUGGCAUGCACUGCUGUAGCUUUCAUGUGAUGUGGUCAAAUGUUAUGUAUGUUGAAUUUACUAUCUGAUAUGUAAAAAUUUUAUUUAUAUUCUAAAUUAUUUUCUUAAUUAUAAAAGGCUUCCUAGAAGUGCUGUCAGCCUGUACUUCCCAACCUCCUCAUCCAAUAAAGUAUUCCUGUACAUUUGGCACUCCAGGCAAUGAUUUGUAGCUCUGUUUUGGUAGCACUUUACUCCUUUUAGCUGUGUGUCAUGCUGAAGUAUAUUUUAGAAUGCUUUACCAGUUUGUUCCAGAGCAGCCUCACUGUAACAUGGUGCUCUCUUGCCCCUCUAAAAGUCUCAUAAGUGAAAGCUAAUUGCAGCAACAGAGUAAAAUAAAAUGAAAGGUGACACAACAAAAUUAUCUUGCAAAGGAAUGACAAAAGGCCAACUGGAGGAAGCAGCCACCAUUUAAACACACCUACCUGCUACCACAGAAAUACAAACAAAUUAGUAUUAUUUAC